CGUAACCGCGUUGCGCUAUCCAUGGUAUCUAAACAAAAAAACAAGCCUCCCCAAAGCAAGAGCUGCAGCAGACGCGUUUGUAACAGGUUGUUCUCCAGUUAUGCAGGCGCAUAACAGAAGGCCAAAGUCUUUCUGUUCACAGAGAAGACAAAAGGAUGACAUAUGAUCACCUGAACCGAUUGUUGGCACUUUACACGAUAUUCUGCGCCAUGCGGACGGCUUCCGUCGUCCAGGGCGCACGAAAUUUCGAAAAGAAAGCAUCCAUACUGCUGAAUAUGGAGCCAGAAAAUCCCAAAUGCUUUGCUGAGGGCAGGAAGGACUUCACGUGCUUCUGGGAGGAAAAUGAGGAGAGGGCUGGAUCUGUGGAUCAGUACUCUUUCACAUACAAAUACCAAAAUGAAAACAGCAGCAAGUGCCCACUGAGGACCCUCCAUACAGCUGGCGGGAAAAGGUUGUACAUCUGCCAUCUGAACCGAAUCCAGAUGUUUGUCGAAAUGGACAUUCAAGUUCAUCGAGAGGCGAUGCUGAUCCACAAUCGCAGAGUCCUCAUCGAGCUUCUCUUUCUUCUGGACCCUCCGUCUAACGUGACAGUGAGGAGCAUGGGUGAGACAGGUCAGCUGAAUGUCACUUGGGUGCCACCUCCUCUCAAGUACAUGGACGAUAGCAUGAUGUACGAGGUCGGCUACACUACAUUGGACAGCCACGUGGAGAAGGUAGAGGUGGUACGUGCCAGCUCAGAGUUGAUCUUGAGUGGUCUGCAGCCAGGUACCAAGUACAAGGUACGGGUCCGUGUAAAGCUGGACGGGAUUAGCUACAGUGGCUAUUGGAGUGCCUGGACUGACCCGGUGAUCAUGGGAACACUGCCUGCAGAACUCAAUCCUCUCAUCGUGUCCUUGACUCUCAUCAUCUCUUUCAUCCUUGUUGUGCUGUCUCUUGCUGUACUCAUGUCGAAUCGCAGUUUUCUUGUGAAAAAGAUUUGGCCAACUAUCCCAACUCCUGACAGCAAGUUCCAAGGCCUUUUUACUGUCUAUGGUGGAGAUUUUCAGGAAUGGUUAGGGCAUACCAACGGAGGCCUGUGGUUGACUCCAACCUUCUUCUACUCAGAGGAAUGUCCCUCUUCCCUGGAAGUCCUUGCAGAGCUCAGCCUGAGCCCCUCAGUGUCCUCCCCGCCUCUGCCACCCAAGGUUUCUAAAGCUGUAACCAUUGGCAGAAAGGACGAAAAUGAUGUGAUGAAGGGACUGGACGAGAGAGCGCAGCUGGAAAGAGUUGAUUCAGCUCCGAUGGAAGGAUGGAGAGCCACACCACAUGACCCAUGGUUGAUGGACCGCUUACGGGCGCUCCACCAGCAACCCAUCCCCUACUCCCAUUCCUCUCUGUUGGAGUCUCAAGACCCUUAUGUCACCCUCAGUGGCAACAACCGUGGUGAGGACGAGCAUUUAGAUGACACUCUUGAAGAGACCUUACCCCUUGAGGUGCUUUUUGCCUCCAAAAAAGCAGUGCUGUCUGAAUCUCACUCUGACCUUGGGUCUGUGCAGCAGAGCUCCGGGUCGGGCCACCUUUCAUCCCAGUCCAGUUUUGAGUAUCCAAGUCACGCCUGGACAACGAAAGGUCCUGGGUAUACCUACAUGGCGGUGGCAGACUCUGGGGUCUCAAUGGAUUACAGCCCCAUGAGCAGAGUAGAUGACAUUGGGAGAUUGGUUAUCUAUGCCAACGACUACAAGAACGAGAUCCCUGCUCAAAGAAGACCCUUUCUGCCAAGGCAGCACUCUGUCCACAAUGACAGCUGAGAAGGAGCUGAGCUGGACAGGCUGCAUAUGGACUGAAGAGGCUUGAAGCAUGGGUUGUUAAGGGUAUUUGGAUAUUCACCCAAAACUACAUGGCCUCUCAUCAACUGUUAAGAAAAGCACACCAGGGAUUAAGGCACUGAUACCAAAGCCUAAGCUAAAGGACUCAGAACUAAGAGUCCACUCAAUGUACAUGUCAUCUCAAUAUUCAAGUCAUCCCUGAUCUGUACAGGACAGUACCAUUACAUGGAAAUGGUAGCCGUGUGUUUUCACACCAAAUACUGAUAUUCAGUGUAAAGGUCUCCAUGACAAUCUGUUAGUAUCCAAACCUGUAGAUCAGAUCAGGAAUUCUUUUAUAACUAAACCAUAAUUCAAGUUAAGGGGGUAAACUCCCUGAGUGUUCCCAGAGUGAUUUAUUCAUAUUUGAGCUAAGUAUACUCUUAUUUCUAAGCUUUUAAUGACAGAAUGGCUAUGAGGUUAAACUACACAGUAAACAUCUUGAAAGACUGGACAAUACAGGCCCUGAUGUGUCUUUAAGCAUAAAGCAACUGAUAUUCUAUACUUUUAUUUUCAUUAAAAUCCCAUGAAAAGUGAUGAACUGAUUUUUCUUUAAG